AAAGUCUCUACCCGUGCCAACAGUUCCAAAGGCAGCCUCGUCCCCCUGUUAAAGCAUCUAGCAAGAGAACUCUCCGAGAGAAUUCCUAAGCCGCCGCCGCCUGCCAAACGUGUGGAGAUCCUGAAAAAGAAAGAAGUUGUCAUGAACCAGCUGUUGGACAUGUUUCUCAAAGACAAGGCUCCUUUGAUAGAGCCGUGUGUGCCAAACGCCUUGUUCUAUCGGCAGAGAUCGGCGGUGAAAAACCAAGCCUUGAUGCAGAAUCCUUACGCAAAGCUGAGAACUUUGAAACACAUAGACGAUUUCGGGAAGAUUCGUAGGAAAGUACCUCGGAGUAUACAGCAGCUGAAGAACAAUCUUCAGGCCGAGAGGGAGCUUCUGGGCGACGACCGUAGGGAACUCGUGGACACCAGCUUUGACGACAACGCCGGAACUCUAAGUCGACCUAUGACCUCUUUGGGUUUCUCUCGGGGGUCGCCGAGGUCGAGGAUGUCUCGGCCCACCACGAGCCACUCGCUGAGGAUCAGGGAGUGCCGACAAGAGGACGACCGUUACAGCACCUCCGCCAACCACCCGGACAAAGAGGACAGAUUGGACCACAAUGCCGUCGCGGAUAUCUUCGAAGAGAUGGAAAUGAUCACGCGAGAGAAUCAGGAGAAUCGCAUGCGGCUCAUUUGCUCCGUGUCCGCGAAGAACGAGCUGAAGGAGAAACUGGAGAGGGUUCAGCGGGCCGCCUCGCUGGAGAAAGAGAAACGAGGCGAGGAGUUUGGGGAGCUCUACGACACCGACUACUUCGACUGGGAGACCAGCGAGGACAACCUGAAGGACUUGGAGGACCGAGUGGUCAGUUUUUGCCGGUCUGUGACCCCGGCGCGACCCUCGAGUGCCGUGACCAGGUCAACGGCAGCCAAACAGAUGAUCACGGAGAUGAAGAGGUUCGAAGUUGAGGACCCGUCCCUCGUCCCCCUGCCCGGAGGUACCGUAUACGUUCACAAGAAGCCGUGCAGGUUCGCGCGGAGCAAAACUCCCGCCAGCACCAGCGUCCACAAGCACGUGCGUCGCUUCAUGCUGUCACGGGAACCGGAAGUCUGGACAAGAGGAAAUACCCCAGCAGCGACGGAAAUCCUGUACUGAGAGCAAGGACUUUACAAGAAACUGUAUACCUCCUUGACCGAGAGACAAAGAUAAUAGCAUUAGGCCCCUAAAUCUAAUCAAGGAGGAUAACACUUAUUUAAAAAAUCCUUCUUGGGCAGUGCAAGCUUGAUACUCUAGACUUUGUUCAAUUUGUGUAAUCUCUCCGUAUCAGUGGAAAUGUUAAUGCCGAGGCUUACUAUUGGACAUCUUUUUGGAAAUCCGUCUCUAAAAAAGCUGGUGGAAAUCUUUUACAGACUACUUAUUAUACUCAGCUAAAGCAGUCAACAGAAUAAAAAUCACAGCAAACUAUUUUUAAAAAACCACCCAAAAACCCCAACAACCUCGACUAGAAUCUACUGGUCGUUUUGAUGGAACUUCGGUUGGAGCAUUUUGUGGUGUGAGAAUAAACAUGUCACUAUUGUGCUGUAUAAUGGUGAUAUUUUUCAGAGAAUGUUUCGCGAUUCCAAACAAUAACUGAAAAGAAAAGAGAAUGAAGAAACUAAUGUGUGCACCGCUUUUAUUUAUCCGCAUGGGGCGUUCGCACAAAAAUAGCAUAUAUUUUCUAGUACAGUUUAGUGAGAGUUUUGCGGCUCUCGCAUGUUUAUCUCGCACACAUGCAACUGGCGUAAAUAAUAGAUAGCAUUUACCCGCCUAACAGCAAGAUCUAUGUGCUUUACAAUCUACGUUAUUAUCCCAGCAGACCUGAUAGCAUUCUGAAACAAUCUCAACUUCCUGGGAAGCAUACGGCGUGUAAGUUAUGACAACCUUACAAUUUUGAUGCACAACACAUCACCACAGACAAUCACUUCAUGUACAAACACACUAUAACUAUAAUGUAUUGCAUAUCUUUCACCUGCUCUUAGAUAACUGUUCUCGAUGUAUAUCCCAACCAGUUCGCACAGGCUAGAGACAAAAGCAGAAACAUUAUUUUCAUUAUUUUGUUAUUAUGAUUCUUGGUGCAGAUGAUGUAUGAUACUGUAUUGUAUAACAACGAAUGGCAUAUACGCAAUAAUUGUUAAUACAUAAUGUUGAAAUUAAUAGUUA